AUGCCCUUCGUACCAGACUUCAAACCUUUGCCUCUCAAAGACACCAAUUUGUUCAAACCCAUGGUCGUGGGUGACACCCACGUCCAACACCGUGCGGUGAUGUGUCCACUCACCAGAAUGCGCGCCCACACGCCCAAGAACGUUCCCAACGCGAAAUACGCCGUCGAGUAUUAUGACCAGCGUUCGAAAUCCCCAGGAACCAUGAUUAUCACAGAGGGCACUUUCCCGUCGCCGCAAUGCGGCGGCUACGACACCGCGCCCGGGAUCUGGUCCGCGGAACAGAUCGCGCAAUGGGAGCGCAUCUUCCAGGCCAUUCACGCGAACCAAUCAUUCGCGUGGGUGCAACUCUGGGUAUUGGGCCGCCAGGCCUACCCGGACACGCUUAAACGGGACGGGCUCCGCUACGACUCCGCUUCCGACAACGUGUACAUGGAUGCGGCGUCUCAGAAACAGGCCGAGGAAUGCGGCAACCCACAACACGGACUCACCAAACCGGAGAUCCAGCAAUACGUGCGCGAUUAUGUGCAGGCCGCCAAGAACGCUAUCGCCGCCGGAGCCGACGGCGUUGAGAUUCAUUCUGCCAAUGGGUAUUUGCUAAAUCAGUUUUUGGACCCAAUUUCGAAUAAACGUAGUGACGAGUACGGCGGGUCCAUAGAAAAUCGCGCGCGAUUUGUGUUGGAAGUGGUGGACGCCGUUUGUGAAGUUGUGGGCGCUUCAAAAGUCGGGAUUCGGAUCUCGCCCUACGGAACGUUCGGAACCAUGUCCGGUGGUGCGGAGCCGCUGAUUGUUGCGCAAUACGCGUAUUUGCUGGGCGAGCUCCAGAAACGCGCGCAGGAGAAAGACCGGGCGUUGGCGUACGUGCACGUGGUGGAACCACGCGUCACGAAUCCCUUUUACGCGGAGGGCCAAGGCUGGUUCAAAGACGGAUCUAACGAGUUUGUGUACAGCGUUUGGAAGGGCCCGGUGAUCCGGGCCGGCAACUACGCGCUAGACCCACGCGCAGCGCUCGCAGACGUGCAGGCCAACGAGCGGACUUUGAUCGGGUAUGGGCGGCUAUUUAUCAGCAACCCGGACUUGGUGCGGAGAUUGGAAGAGGGGCUGCCUUUGAAUAAAUAUGAUCGCGACACGUUUUACGCACCGGGGCCAGAGGGGUAUGUGGAUUAUCCCAAGUUUGAGGCUACAAGCAAAGCGUAG